AUGCAUUUAAUGCAGAAUGUUCAAAUAGAAGGCACUAAUUUUAUUUGUAAUGGCACCAGCCAAAUGGAACUUAUUCUCUGGCAGUUGAUUGGUCCAUUCUCAGUACUGCUCCGAAAUAUAGCUGUACCAUGGAUAUUUGUUGGCUUUCGUUUUGCCUUAUCGAAUGGUUUCUGGUUAAAAUUCGCGCUUGAUUUCUUGUUCAUAGUACUACCAAUUAUUCUUUCACUGACACUGUUCUCAGAUCAUCUCUCUGUGAUUCUUCUUCUCCAAUUAAUUGCUUUGCUUUCUCUAAUAACUUUUUCGCUUUGUGAAUAUUGUUUUAUCGCACGCGAAAAACCUGCACUACGAGAAAUUUUUAGUCAAAUGGUUGAUGACCAACAUUCACCUACUAAAUUCAUUACUUACAUGAGAUCUAUGGUCUUCAUUGCAACUGCAGUUGCAAUUCUGUCUGUUGAUUUUGACGUUUUCCCACGUCGUUUUGCCAAAACAUACACUUAUGGUCGAAGUAUUAUGGAUCUUGGCACUGCGGCUUCUGUUUACUGUUUUGCUAUUGUUGAUGUUUUCAAGGAUUUCCCAAGCAGAAACAAACUUCCAUCACUGCGAAGACAUUUUUUCUGGAAACACUUGCCAAGCAUUUUAUUGCUGUGCUUAGGUUUCGGAAGGACAUGCAUCCUUCAAGUAUUAAACUAUCCAGUACAAGUUGCUGAGUAUGGAAUACACUGGAAUUUCUUCAUAACUCUCGCUUUUCUCAGGAUUAUUGUGAAACUGCUUGGUCGUCGUUUUCAUCUGCUUUUCGGUAUUAUCAUCAUUUCCGUUUAUCAGUAUUUGUUGGCUGAAAAAAAUUUACAGAAUUGGCUGCUUUCGGAAGACAUCAAUAGAGAUACCUUUAUUGCAAUGAAUCGGGAAGGUAUUUUUUCUUUAUUCGGAUAUUUAUCACUGUAUUAUUUUGCAUCCUCUAUUGCCAGCUUUAUGCAUUCCACUGGAAUAAGACUCAAAUCCUGGUUCUACAGAACCUUCCAGUUACUCAUGAUUGCUGCAUUUCUUUUCUUUGCUCAAAAAUUGGCUGAAAUAUUACUAGGACCACCUUCGCGGAGAAUUGCGAAUUUACCUUAUAUCUUAGAAAUGCUAGUCUUUCACACUGUUUACAUGGCUAGUUUAUUGUUGAUACAAUUAGCUUCAAUCUUUGGAUGGGCUGCACAGAUGCCGCAGUUCUCCAUUGAUGAAAAUCCUUUCGAACGUUUAAAGCCAUGCAUGCUUGAUUCAGUGAAUCGAUAUAGUAUGCUAUUUUUUUUGUUAACGAACAUACUCACGGGUCUCAUUAAUUUGACAAUAACGACAAGCUCUGUAACAAAUAUCUAUCAUUCGACAACUAUUAUCACUCUGUAUAUGUUCAUUUCAUGUUUACUCAUCCAUGUUUAUACAAGGUUGAAGCAAACGUCUUGA